CCUAGUUCCUUGUUUCGAUAGGUUUCCUUUUGAGCAUUGUUAAGUUUCCUUAGGUUUUCACCAUUAUAAAUAGGCAAUUUUGUUCAACUUUGUGUAUUCUGGUGGUGGUGGUUUAUAAAAACGCUCAAGGCGUAUCGUUCGCUUGCCACGGCGAUGAUGAAGAAGAAGAAGACAGACUCCUGUGUAUCAAUGCCUUUGCCUCACCUUCCCCAACCCCUUGUGUUCGAAAUACUCUCAAAACUGCCCGUCAAAUCUCUAUUGCGAUUCAAGUGCGUGUCGAAGUCAUGGCGCUCUUUGAUCUCCGAUCCCUACUUUAUCAAAAUCCAUCUCAAUCAGUCGUCCAGCAUCCAAACACACCGCAAUAUUGUAUUCAUAUCCAAUCCCUUCCGCCCAUACGGUCUUUACACGGCCAGGCGUGACGACAACAACAUCGUAGUAGAAAAGAUUGAUUAUUUAUUUAAGAGCAACCCUAGAUGUCAAAUCAGAGGAUGUCACAUAAUUGGUUCUUGCAAUGGGUUGACAUGCUUUCAGGUAGAAUUUCUUUUGAACUGUAUUGAUCUGAAGCUAAAUGCAUAUGUAGUCAAUCUUUCGACGAGGGAGUUGUUGCAAAUACCAGAUUUUGAUUAUUUCCCUGGUAACAUAGUUGGAGUCUCUGGAUUUGGCUAUGACCAUUGCCAUGAUGACUACAAAGUGGUGAAAAUAGAUGACAAUCAAAUCUUUGUAUAUUCAAUGAGAAGUGGUUGUUGGAGAAAAGUUGAAGACUUCUCUAAUAAGUUCGAUUUUCGUGUUCUCGAAAAUGAUGGGACACAACUGAAUGGGGCCAUUAAUUGGCUUCGUAUUAAAAACCCUAAAGAUAUUAUACACAUGUGGCAGCGGAAAUUUGAGAUUGCUGCUUUUAGUUUGGUGGAUGAGAAAGUGCGGAUGAUACCCUUGCCAAGUACUUCUGUCAACACCAGUUUUCAUAACGCAAGUCAAUUAGGGGUGUUUGAAGGAUGCCUUUGUAUACUACCCUGUUGUGAUGGUGAAUUGUGGGUUAUGAAGGAAUAUGGGGUUGAGCAGUCUUGGACUAGAAUUGAUACAAAGGUCCCAAUAUUUUCAGAUAUGUUGGCUUUGUUGAGGAACGAAGUGAUAGACUACACUAAGUUACUUUUAUACAACAGAACAGUAAAGGGUCCUCUUGGCAUACAUGACGACGAAAAUGAAGAAGAUGUGUAUGAUUUUCAUGCAACCAUCUGUGUAGAUAGUCUCCUUUCACCCUUCAUGGAGAAAGAGUCCCUCUGACACCCCCGAGAUGAAGUAAGCAAGUUUUCAUCACUCGGAAUGGAAUUUUACAGAUUUUCUCUAAUUAACAGUAAUUUAAACUACUUUGGCAAAUAUACUGUAACCGAAAUUGAAGGUAUUAAUAUAUAUAAGGAUGAUCUCAUUUUCUUGGCUUUGUUGUUAUGCUUAAUUUUUUUCUUUUGUUGGUAAUUGUUGUGUGCUUUGGGAACUAAUACCCAGUUUUUGGGACUUAAACCCUCGACUUCUACUUUGGAAAGUGAGAAACUUCCGGCAGCCUAUUGUGAA